AUGUCCAAGGCAACUCUCGACUCUGACUUGUACGGCGAUAUAUACGGUGAUGAAGACAACGACUUUGGUUUCAUUGAACCUCCCCAAGAAGAGAGCGCGACAGAAACUCCUAUAGAUACCUCUGCGCCGAAAGCAGAAGCAAAGCCCUUACAGCCUUCUCAAAGCUCCCCAACUUCUACAUCUAAAGGCGAAACGCACUCAUCUUUACCCGCAAAACCAAGUGCCAGCUCCUCACAGAACGGCAACUCUUCCCUAUCUUAUUCGGCUCAAAUUGCUCAACAGUUUUCAGCCUAUCAGCAGACGCCGAGCCAGGAGCGCCAACAGCGCCAGCAUCUGUCUUCACUACCAAAAACUUCACCUAUAGCCACGAUUGAUUCAACAACCGGUGAUCCGGAUACGGUGUUUGGCAAGAAACCUUCCGAAAUGCACGAUGCCGGGUGA